AUGGGCAGUGCAGAUUGCUGCGUCAGAGCGCCGAGGAGCGCUGCAGGCAUCUUCUCGUUAUUCGGAGCUCUCGAUGGGGAGCUCGGCUUCUUCGUGCAGGACGAGGUCUCCGCAUACUUCGGCGGCAAAGACCCAGAACAGAAGAGAGGGCCACUGCCCGGCAAGUGCGUGCACGUGAGCUUCGAUCGCGUGCCUCCGUGGCAAUCCAAGCCUCCAGAGGCCCUCGAGGUCUCCGCAGAGCUGCAGAUGCAGCUCCAAGGAGAUUUUGCCCUCAGAGUUCAGCGCCCCCCUGCCGAUAGAGACCGGAGGCCGCAACAGGCACGGGUUCAGCUCGAAGUGCAGGCGUCCAUCGUGUACAUACGUUUCGUGGGUGAGCCGGUCAUCGUCGAGAAGCUGUGGCUCGCGCGCGACCUGCCUGCCGAGGGGCAUGCGGCCAACCCGAUCAUCCUCCGAGGCCGGCAUAACGUUGAAGAGUACUGGUCUGUGUACCUGCGCUACGUGGACUUCCUGGAGCAGGGGUGGCUGAGCCCGGCCCUGACCCCCGUGCCGAUCAGCGAGAUCGUGAUCCUGGGGGGGCAGGGACUUCGGAUCGGCUCCAUGUACCUUUCCGUGCUGGAAGGCAGCCACCCGAAUUCGACGGACGCCACGCAGGGCUGGAUCAUGGCGCCCGUCAAGGGGAUGCUGUCCCUCCACGACGUGCUCAUCGGGAAGCUCCCGGCGCAGACCCACGCCGCGGUCCUCUCCCUCGGGGAGAUCCGGCGCGGCGCGCGGCGGCUCCGCCCGGAUCUCCUGGCCGAUCCUCACUCGGUGGCGGCCGUGGAGGUUGCCCAGCAACUUCGCAGCUUCAAGGCUGGAGGUGGCCAAAGUGAGACCUUCCAGCCCGCAGCUGUCGCCCACUUCUCGGACACCCGCACCACUGGGGCGGCCAUGGCGCUGUUUGACGCCCUGCUCACGGGAGCUCUGAAGUUCCCAGAGGACAUUUCCCUCGAGGUGCUCGAGUGGGACGCCGAGCUCUAUGCCAAAGUUUAUGGCGAGGUGACCCUGGAAGAGGCGGCUAACGCCCGCAGCGUGGAUGACCUGUACGAAAGGCUCUUCACUGCACACCACCUCGACGGCUUGGAUUUGCUCUUCUCGCGCUUCUUGUGGGCCAACUUCAGCGCCACCUUGGCCAAGCCCGGCGGGGUGAUGUCGGAGGAGCCGACGUCGAGCUUCCAGCCGGUCAGCAAUCAGAGCUGGCUGCCGCUGCACGACAACAGCGAGGUGGCAAGCAGAAGGCGGAUGCUCAUUGCUCACCUCCAGGAGCACACGGCGCUCUACCUGCGGUGGCAGGAGCCUAUCGAAGGGAAGCUGGCCUUUGUGAACAGCACGGGCUCGGUCGAGGUCGCCUUCCGCCUCUACGAGAGCCUCACCAUGCUCGGCGUUGACUACUACAAUGGAGCCUCAGGAAAGUCCCUGCGCUUGGAUGUGGACUUACCAGACUCUGAGUACUUUCUUGCCGAGCUGCUGGGUCUCCACUCGCAGCUUCUCGUGGACGACCAGGGCAUCCCCUUGCCACCGGAGCAGGCCCAGGAGUUGCACGAGGCACGGACCUACCUCGACACCUUUGCGGGCCUGCUGAUGGAGCUUCAGCAGAACACCUCGGAGGCUGCGGAGGCCGUGCCGGGUCAGUUGCCCUUUGAAGAUGACUUCCAGCUGACGGUGGAUGAGGACAUUGAGACGUCCAAGGUGUCUGCAAACACUCCGCCCAUGCUCCUGGUCUUGGGGGUGUCCUGCUUCGUUGUGGGCACCGUCUUGCUGGCUGCGCUGGGACCUGCUCCCGAGCGGUGGCCAUUCGCGCGGCUGUGGCAAUCACUGGGGCGGCUGGUCCUUUUUGUCUCGCACUUUGUGGGCCGGCUGAUGAGGUUGCUUGGUGGUUGCUGGUCUUGGGCGGCACGGGGCAUGCUAGGGCUGUGGGCGGCGCAAGAGGCGUGGCAGCUACAGCAGCGUGCUAUUAACAGGGAUGGCUGGGCGCCUAGCAGUCGGUGCAGUGGCUCAAGCCCGACGGCCUAG